AUAUUCUAAAACAACUAUUGAUAUUCUAACAAUUAUGAGGCGAGAGAAGUAUAACAUGUGUCCUAAUGUUUCAUGGUUUUAUCUUAGUUCUUAUUCAUUUAUAGUCUCUUCUCUCUAUUUUUGGAUUGGGAAAGGAAGAAUAUCAAGAAGAUUCUAAUUUCUACAAAAGGGCAAAAUAAUGAGAAAAAUGGUGUAAACCAAACAUGGGUUAUGUUAAGAUCAAUGUAUAUCGCCGGACUUUAUUGGGGGGUUAUGGUGUUGUGGUAAGGGACUGUUGUGGUAAUCUAUUUAAUAGAUGGGGAACAUGGAAAUGAGAAUGCUAGCACAGCAUUAAUGACUGAGACAAUUGCUUCGGACAUUGGCAUGCGCCAUACAGUUAGCAGCAAAGAAUUGUCUCAGUCAUUAAUGUUGUGCUAGCAUCCCCGGUAGUACCUUUUCAUUUCCAUCACAACAAAAGUAAAAUUCCCAAUUUGGGAACAAAACUAAGGAACAUGGUCAUAUGGGUUUUCCGUUCUGGUGUUUAUGUUCUAUUACCUGUUGAGCGCAUAGGAAGGCGGCAACGGAGGAUAAGAAAGGGAUUUCUCGAAGGAAUCAACCCGAAUGUCAGUGAAGUUGGUGGGGGCCAUGGGGCGCCAGGAAACUAGCUGGUAUGCAUUGUACACAAGCACUUCCACAAAUCCCAGGGAGAGAACUCCCUCGAAUGCCUCCCUCACGCUUCUAGAGUCAAAGCAAUCUAUUCUGAUGGCGAACACUUGCGCCUUCUCCUCCCUCGCUAUCUCGUCUGCAAAUCUUGACAGUCUCCCUGUAACAGUUUCAAACCCUCAGAUUAUAUUAGCCAAGAAGUGUACUUAGACCUGAUUUGAUGUUUGCAGCAAGCUAUUUGUCAAGGUUUAUGUCAGCUCCUAGUAAACUUCAUUUAGUUGCAGCCAAGAGAGUUCUUAGGUACAUCAAAGGAACCUAUGAACUUGGCUUGUGGUUUGACAGUAAUCAACAAGGAAGGUUACAGGGGUAUGCUGAUAGUGAUUGGGCAGGUUCUAUGGAGGAUA